UAGUUAGUCUUUCUAAUGGGUGAGAAUCGAAUGUGCAGGUGUCCGUUCCAGUCAUGUAAAAGCUGCUGUGCGAAAGCGCAAAAUCCCUGUCAUAUACAUGUUCUGAAAGGUGGUUCAACUCUUCCAGAUAAGUUACCAUCUUCUGGGUCCCCUGUGGUAGACCAGCAGUCCACUGAAGCAUCUCACUCGGGGAGCUCGCAUAGAGGAGCUGCUUCACUUCGUCAACUCUCCACCAAUUUUGCACAGUUCAAUAAUUUGCAGACCCCACUAAGGUCGAGGAAGCCACUGACUAGAAAGGAUGCCCAACUCAUUAACGAGUGGAGGUUUAUGAAGUUAAAGGAAUUCAGGGACAGCAAUAUUGCAGCUGAAAAUGAAGCUUUUGAUCGCUACAUGCAAAAUGUUGGUCUAUUAGAGGAGGUUUUUGCAGUGAAUUCUGCAGAGGAUGAGAAGAAUGAGGAUGGUUCAACAGGAGAUGAUAAUGAGGCAACGGUAAACCGGUUGAAGUUACAGCUUAGAUCGGAUCCAACUAGAAUAGAGAAUACGAGGAAGAGGAUGCAAUAUAUUGUUGAUCAGGGAUUGAGGAAGCUUAGGAAGUUGGAGUCAGGUGACAAUGCUACUGACCUUAGUGAUCUAGAUGCACUUGGCAAAAAGAAAAAGACGAAGAGCGCUGACGCUGAGUGGGGUGUGUCAUUCACUGAUCUUAUCGAUAAGUUGAAUAAAGCUCGAAAUGAGGAAGACCUGAAAGCUUGUUGGGAGAUGAAGUUCCAACUGUUUAAUCAAAAUAAAAAAGAAAAGCAAGCAGGGUCUGAUAAUGCAGAAGCAUCGAUUGAGCUGAGUUCAAAAGCUAGUGUCAUGCCAACAAUGCCAUCGGGUAAUUCUCCACCUAAGUGGUUUAGCACAUCCACCAUUGAUGAUGAAGAACUUCUUCGACUUAAUGCACAGUUUGAUUCACUUGAGGAUAUAGAAGAAUUGUAACUUAAUACAAUCUUUAGGUCGGAUUGUAAUCGUGUAGUCUGUUAGAUAGGGGACCAAUUUCGUGAUCUGAUUUAUAUGAUUCUGAAUCUAAUAGGACUAACCUUUCAUGUGGUUAUAUAGCGACUUGUGAACGGUUGAUAAGUUAUAGUGCCUGGUGCCAAGCUAAUGAAGGCCCAUUUGACGGCA